AUGGGCCGCAAAGAUGGCCAAAUGGCCGUCUCUAAAUCGUCCGCCUCUGCGCCCGCCGUGACCGCCAGUAACAAUGCUCGAAAAUCGUCGGUAUUGAAGUCAGCCUUUACCCCGUCACAAUUCCAGUUACAUCUAUUUGCUUCUGUCAUUCAGAGCUUUGACAGUCAUCAACUACGGAUCCACGACACCAGCACAGGGCGCCUCCGGAGUCAGCACGAGACCAAAUCGAAAAUUACGUCGUUGGAUUGGGGGUUCUAUGGCGCAGCAUAUCGGGAGAGGCAACAGGCGAAGAAGAAGCGCAAGAGAGAACAGGACAGUAACGAUGGUGCAGUGGUGGCCUACGGGACAAAUACAUCACAAAUCUGCAUGUUCUCGCCCACCGAAGGCAGAGUGGUUGGAACACUCUCUGGGGGACAUGAACGAUGCAUCAAGGCUUUCAAAUUCUCUCCCACAGACUACCUCCAGGCCUGGAGUAUAGGAGAAGAUGCAAAGCUGAUACAAUGGGAUUUGUCAACAGAUCAGCCCAUAAGGACGAUAAACCUUCCAGAUCCCACCAUUAGUCUCCUGGCGUCACCGUCCCAUGUCGCUCCUCAAAUCCUCUGUGCCUCUUCUGCACCAUUUGCAAUAGACAUUACAUCAUCCGACGACCUUCGAAUAGAUCGCUUCGACUCCUUCAAGAACGCCAUCCACUCACUCUACCGGUCGGACGAAUCUCAGGCCUUCCUCGCUGCAGAAUCCGACAGAUAUAUCAACAUCUACUCCAUCACUGAGAAGAAGCUUGCUCGCACGCUCGUCACAUCUAGCGGAGUCACAGCAGUCGUUCUGUCAUCCCCGCCUAAAGACGCGCCCGACUAUAUCCAACGGCAACAAAUGCUCUGCGCGAUCACGAAUGACGGUGUCGUAGAGCUGUUUCCCCACCCAUUCGCCGAGUCCAAGACGGUCAAUGGGGAUUUGAAGUCCAGUCGAAAGAACCUCACACGAAAGGCCUCGGCAUCCGUCCGCUUAGUUAGUCCCGACGCGAAGACAAAGUCCGUCCCGAUCGUCGCGGCGUUCUUGCAAGGCCCUGACCUUGUCCUUGUCUCUGCGGAUGGUGGUGUUGACCUAGCGUUCCAGAAACUGAGAUGGCAAGAUGAGGGAAACGGAGAGUUGCUUUUUGACGGCGUGAAAGACGUGGUCAAAGUGAAAAGUGCGAGUACUUUGAACACCGCCACAAUCAACGGAGUCAAAGAUACAGGCAAAACAAGGGUCGACGAAUCGAAGACUGUGGUCGUCAACGGCGGGGCGGGCGGCCCUGCCGAAGCGGAUGCAAUAGAGCUCUCAAGCAGUGAGAGCGAGGCCGAUGUCGACGAGGAAGAUUCCGGCGACGAAGCAUCGAUCAGGGAAGCCGACACGGAGGAACACGAAGAGGAAGAAAAUGAAGCUGUCCAAGAAGAAUCCGAUUCUGACGAAGAAAUGCUUGACCCGGAAGAAAAUGAAGCCCAAGAAGACAAAGAGGAACCCUCCUUCGGCGACCUUCUCGCGGCUCGUCACCCCACCGAGAUCUCCAUCUCAGCCGCCCUUCCCACCGACACAACGGCUUUAACUAUCCCGAAACCCCCAGCCAUGGCCAUCCCCCCUGGCAUGUCCUUGUCCACGGUGCUAACCCAAUCCCUCCGCACGAACGACACCUCCCUCCUCGAAGCAGUCCUGCAUACCACAGACACGUCAAUCGUGAAGUCCACGAUCCAGCGCCUCGACUCUACUCUGGCCGGUCUUCUCUUGUCAAAGCUCGCGGAACGCUUGGCGAGCAGGCCAGGUCGCUACGGCCACCUGAUCACGUGGGUGCAAUGGACGUGCAUCGCGCACGGCGGGGCGAUCGCUUCCAUGCCGGACGUCAUCAGCAAGGUCAAGACCCUUUACGCGGUGUUGAACGAACGGAUGAGAACGCUAGACGACUUGCUGGUCCUGAAAGGGAAACUCGAUCUCUUGGACGCACAGGUCCAGUUCCGCAAGUCUAUAGCCGCGCAGAGGGGCGAGAGAGAAGCAGGCCAGGGCGAGCCCGGCGUGAUUUUACUGGAAGGGCAAGAUAACUGGGACAGCGACGACGAUCUGGACGAGGAUGGCUUCACUGUCCGCCCAGCUAAGAGGGCACGAAGGGGGACCAAGCUGGAAGAUCUCGUCGGCGCAGGCCAUGAAGAUGAAGAUGAAGACGAGGAUGACGGUGUGGUAGACGACGAAAUCCUCGCUAAUGGCGUCGAGUCCGAUGAGGACGAAGAGGCGGAGGAGGAUGAUGAUGACGAUGGCGACGAGGAAGAUGAUUCUGACGAAGAAGGCCUUCCCAACGGGACCCGUCUCGUCGAUGACGAAGCGUCCGUCUCAUCCGCGGAGGAGUCCGAUCCUGACGACGUAGCGCCCUCGCCAGCUGAGGCUGCAUCGUCAUCAGCGUCCUCUGCCUCGGCAUCCGAUGAUGAGAGUGGAGAACAAGAAGAGGAUGAAGACGAGGGCAGUGAUCUCGCGAGCUUCAUCAACGACGGGAGCGUGGAUUUUGAAGAAGAUGACGGGACAGAGAUCAAGGUCGCUGGCGAUGACAGUGAAGGUGAAGAAGAGUGGGCAGAACGAAUGCCUGUGAAGUCCUCGAAAUCGAACUCAACACCCAAGAGGGACGCUAUGGAUCUCGACGUCGGCGUCGGUUUCGAUAUGCCCAUGCCCAGCUCAAAGAGCAAGUCGAGGCCAGCGGAGAAGAAGGACCAGACCAGGCAUUAG